AUGGGAGGUUUUUGGACUAAUGUAUCAAACACAGGCAGCUUCACACUAACAGGUUUCUCAGAGCUGGAGGGUCUAGAGUACUGGCUAGCUGCUCUUCUGUUGCUGCUUUAUAUGAUCUCCAUCGUGGGAAACACUGUCAUUCUCUUCAUCAUAAAAGAGGAACAGAGCUUACACCAGCCAAUGUAUUACUUCCUGUCUCUGCUGUCUGUCAAUGACUUGGGUGUGUCCUUUUCUACACUACCUACUGUACUGGCUGCCAUGUGCUUUCACGCCCCAAAGACUCCGUUUGAUGCCUGUAUGGCUCAGAUGUUCUUCAUUCAUUUCUUCUCCUGGACAGAAUCUGGGAUCCUGCUGGCGAUGAGUUUUGACCGCUAUGUGGCUAUCUGUAACCCACUACGUUAUUCUACAGUGCUCACCGAUAUCCGUGUGGUUUACAUGGGCAUAUCCAUCAUUAUCCGCAGCUUUUGCAUGGUUUUCCCACUGCCUUUCCUUCUGAAGAGAUUACCUUUUUGCAAAGCAAACGUGUUGAUCCAUUCCUACUGCUUACACCCAGAUCUGAUUCGCUUGCCCUGUGGAGAUACCACCAUCAAUAGUAUGUAUGGUCUUUUUAUUGUCAUCUCUGCAUUUGGUGUAGACUCAGUGCUAAUCCUUCUUUCUUACAUACUCAUAUUGCGCUCUGUGCUGGCCAUUGCCUCCAAGGAGGAGAGGCUAAAGACACUCAAUACAUGUGUGUCCCACAUCUGUGCUGUACUCAUCUUCUAUGUGCCCAUGGUUAGUGUGUCCAUGGUUCAUCGAUUUGGGAAGCAUGCCCCUGAAUAUGUACACAAGUUUAUGUCCCUCAUUUAUCUUUUUGUUCCGCCAAUGCUUAACCCUAUUAUUUAUUCUAUUAAGACUAAAGAGAUUCGUAAGAGGCUUCGGAAAAUGUUAAUGGGACCUAAAUUCUGA